ACUGCAACUGCAGAAGGGUUUAUAUCAGUUGACCAAUAUAAAGUGCUUACGUGUGCUGGAUUCCACGUUCUAGUUAUGCUGUCACGGUGCCGCAGCAUUUUGGUUUGACGUGAGCACUGACUGGAAGUACAAUUGUAAUCGUUAAGGCAAUAUGUAUAGUCGCUUACAACAAGAAGUCAUGAAUUGUGAGUCGAAGCCGUCGCGUGGCGGACGUCGACAUGGCCCUAACAAGCCGCAAGCUGCCUCAAUUGCCAGGCGUAUGGUGGUAACAAGGGCUGCAGCUGGCAAUGGCUCUGGCAGUACCGGCGGCGGUGGCGGCUCCGUCCGCCGCAUUACCAACCGCGAUUUGGAGGCUCUGGGGCGGGUCUACGGCCCGCAGCCCCCCACUCCCGGCUCCCCCGGGGUUCCCCCGCCCCCCGCUCCCUCGCCCUCCCGUCCCGAGGAGCGCCCGCUCUUCCCGCCGCCGCCCCUGCCCCUAGAGGUGGAGGUGGAGGGGCAGGAGGCCAGCUCCUCCUCCGCCUCCUUCCCCGCCCCCGACGCGGCCCUGCUGGCCUCCAUCUCCGGCGCCCGCAGCUGGCGGCAGCUGGCGGGGCUGUACGGCAGCGCGGCGAGGCGGCUGGAGCCCUCCCUGCUGCUGGCCAUGACGCAGAGGUUGGCCCACGUGACGGGUGCGCUGGUGUGGCCGCCCGGCUGCUCGCUGCCGCUGAGGCUGGGCGGCAGCGGGCGGGGAGACGAGGGGGAGGAGGAGGUGUUCCCGCCGCUGGCUGAGCAGGAUGUGGGGGAGGUGCAGUCCCUGGCCACCAGCCUGUGUCGCGCCACCCAGGUGUGCCUCUCCGCGGAGAUGUACGGACUCACGCACGUGGCGGGGCUGCUGCAGGCCUUCAUGAGCCUGGGUGUGGUCCCCCCCGCCGGCUGGUUGCGGGCCGCGGAGGUGGUGGCGGUACGACAGGAGCGGCAGGGCGAGCAGCUGGGGGUGGGGCAGGCCAGCCGCGAGGGGCUGCCGGAGCUGCUGCUGCUGGCGGGUUGCAUGCAGCGGCUGGGGCACCUGCCGGGCAGUGCAUUCGUGGGGCUGCUGGGGGCGGUGCGGCCGGUGGAGGAGGUGGAGCGGGGGCGGGGGAGGCAGCAGGAGGGGGAGGAGUCCCCCCCUGCCCUGGUGGUGGUGCUCACCUCCCCCCAGCUGCUGUGUAGUGCGCGGGCGGUGCUGGUGUGGGGGCUCACCCCCAGUGAGGGGUGGGCGCAGCAGUUCCUGGAGGCCACCUACACGCGCAUCUCCCGCGCCAACCAGCUGGCGGCAGCGGACGGGGCGGGGG